AUGACUAGUUGUAUUCCCAGAUUAUGUUAUGCACUGUUGCUGCUUCUAUUACAAGCUGCAGGAUCCAAGAGUGCAUUGAACAACUUUCCCAUGACUGGAGAAAUUAAGUGCAUAGAGAGUGAGAGACAAGCACUCCUCAACUUCAAACAUAGUCUCACACGUGACUUUGGCAUGCUAUCUACAUGGAGCGACGAUGAAAGUAAUCGUGAUUGUUGCAAAUGGAAGGGCAUUCAGUGCCACAGUGAAACUGGUCAUGUACAAAUGCUUGAUCUUCGUGGUCAGGAUACACAAUAUUUGAUUGGUGCAUUCAACAUCACUUCGUUGGUUCACUUGCAAAACAUGGAGUAUUUGGAUCUCAGCUAUAAUCAUUUUCAAUGGAGUCACAUUCCAGAACUUAUUGGCUCGUUUACCAACUUGAGAUAUCUCAAUAUCUCAUAUUCUGAAUUUGCUGGGAGAAUCCCUUGUGAACUUGGAAAGCUUGCACAUUUACAAUAUCUGGGUUUAGGGACCAAUUCACUCUAUGGAGAAAUCCCUUAUCAACUUGGAAAUCUGUCACGGUUGAAGUAUCUAGACCUUGGGACAAAUUCAAUUUCAGGAGCAAUCCCUUUUCAGGUUGGGAAUCUUCCUAACUUGCACACUCUUAGACUUGGUGGCAAUUUUGAUGUUGAAUUCAAGGAUGCAGAGUGGUUGUCUAAUCUCCAUUUCUUAACAAUUCUUGAGUUGAGUUCAUUAGGUAAUCUUGGCUCCUCCCAUCACUGGCUACAAACGAUUGCCAAGCUUAUCCCAAACUUAACGGAGUUGAGGUUAGUUGAUUGCACUCUUUCAGACACUGAUAUUCAAUCUUUGUUUUAUUCUCAUUCCAAGUUUUCCACUUCUCUUACCAUUCUUGAUCUCUCUUCCAAUAUGCUGACAUCCUCAACGCUUCAACUCCUGUCCAACUACAGCCAUAAUCUCCAGGAGCUUUAUCUUUCUCAUAAUAACAUUGUUUUGUCAUCUCCUCUCUUUCAAAACUUUCCUUCUCUGGUCAUCCUUGACCUUUCAUAUAAUAACAUUGCAUCAUUUGCUUUCCAAGGUAUUUUCAAAUCCAGCUCAAAACUUCAAAGUUUAUAUUUCCAAAAAUGCAGUCUUACCGAUGAAAGUUUUCUUAUGUCAUAUGCUUCCACCAUGAAUUCAUCAUCUUCUCUUGUCACCGUUGAUCUCUCCUCAAACUUGUUGAAAUCAUCCUCUGUAUUUUACUGGCUCUUUAACUUCACCACCAAUCUUCGUUCCCUUUCCCUUUAUGAUAACCUAUUAGAAAAUCCCAUCCUUGAUGAAUUUGGGAAAGCAUUCAACUCUCUUGAAGAUCUUGACCUCUCCUACAACAAAAUACAAGGCCAGAUUCCAUCCUUCUUUGGGAACAUAUGCACAUUGCAGACGCUAGACCUCUCAUACAACAAGUUGAGUGGGGAAAUUUCUAGCUUCAUUCAAAACUCUACGUGGUGCAACAAACACAUAUUUAAGGUUUUGGAUUUAGAUUAUAAUCGGGUAACUGGAGUGAUACCUAAAAGCAUCAGGUUGCUAUCUGAAUUGAACUAUCUUUCUUUGGAAGGGAAUUCUUUGGAGGGUGAUGUCACCGAAUCACAUCUCAGUAAUUUUUCCAAAUUAAUAGGUUUGUCCUUAUCGUACAACUCGGUGUCUUUAAAACUCUCUAGCUGGGUUCCUCCUUCACAAUUAAAUUUCUUGUUCGUAGCAUCAUGCAAAUUAGGUCCAACUUUUCCUGGUUGGCUUCGAACCCCAAGUUCCUUGAUUAGGCUUGAUAUUUCCGACAAUGGGCUUAGUGGUUUCGUACCAGAAUGGUUUUGGAACAACUUGCAGUAUAUUAAUAUGUCACGCAACAAUCUCACAGGUGCGAUUCCGAAUUUCCCACUAAAGCUUCCUCUGAGACCAUAUAUAAAUCUGAAGUCAAAUCAAUUUGAGGGCAAAGUUCCGUCAUUUUUACUACAAGCUUCCCAGUUGAUACUUUCCGAAAAUAAAUUUUCGGAUUUGUUUUCAUUCUUGUGUGACCGAAGCACAGCUGCAAACUUGGCCACUUUAGAUUUAUCGAACAAUCAAAUAAAGGGACAACUUCCAGAUUGUUGGGAAUCUGUACGCUCAUUAUUGUUUCUUGAUUUAAGCAACAAUGAAGUGUCAGGGAAGAUUCCUAUGUCCAUGGGUACCCUUGUUCAACUGGAAGCCUUGGUUUUACGAAACAACAAUCUAAAGGGUGAAUUGCCUUUUACUUUGAAGAAUUGCGGCAAUUUAGUAAUGAUGGACGUGGGUGAAAAUAUGUUGUCAGGUCCAAUACCAUCAUGGAUUGGAGAAAGUUUGCUGCAAUUGCUAAUCUUGAGCUUGCGAGGGAAUCACUUCCUUGGAAAUAUUCCUAUUCUACUUCGUAAUUUGAGGCGUAUUCAAAUGUUAGAUCUUUCUAGGAACAACUUAUCAAAAGGAAUUCCAACAUGCUUAAAGAAUUUCACUGCAAUGUCUGAAAAAAGCAUCAACAUGAGUGAAACUCAAAGUCAUGUAUAUUGGUACAAUAAAACUUACUAUGAAAUUUACGGCCUUCCCUAUUCAAACUCCUAUAAACUUCAUAUAACAUGGAUGUGGAAAGGUGUAGAACAGAGGUUCACAGAUCCAGAAUUGAUUCUUCAGAGCAUUGAUCUCUCAUGUAAUAAUUUAACGGGUGAAAUACCUGAAGAGGUUGGAUAUUUGGUUGGAUUAGUUUCUUUGAAUUUAUCAAGAAACAAUUUGUGUGGAGAACUUCCUUCUGGGAUUGGAAAUCUAAGUUCACUAGAAUCCCUUGACUUAUCAAGCAAUCAUUUAGAUGGGAGAAUUCCUUCUUCUCUUUCUCAAAUUGACAGUCUAGGAAAAUUAAACUUGUCACACAACUCUCUUUCUGGAAGAAUCCCAUCAGGAAGACAUAUGCAAACCUUUGAUGCAUCCAGUUUUGAAGGAAAUAUUGAUCUUUGUGGUGAACAACUUAACAAAAGUUGUCCUGGAGAUACGACAAUAGUAAAGCCUCAGGGAGCAACAACCCCCCCCCCCGGUGAAGAUUCUACUUUCUAUGAAGGAUUAUACAUGAGCUUGGGGCUUGGAUACUUUGUAGGCUUUUGGGGCCUAUUGGGGACAAUACUACUUUGGGAACCUUGGAGAAAUGCUUAUCUGAGGUUCUUGAACACAUUCACAGACCAUAUACAUGUAAUGAUUGUAGUGAAUGUGGCAAAGUGGCACAAGUGA